AUGGCGCAACAAGAGCAAGCGGCUGAUGGGCCGCAGCUGAGCAACUUGAACCUGGAAGAGGAAAGCGUUGAGGUCCAAUGGGCGGGUAAAACACCGUUUCAGCUAGAGGGCUGCUACUUUCAGGACCUCGUGGGACACAACCAUUCCAAGCCCUUUGGUCCCCUUGAAUUGCAGCCGGGAAAGCCCGUGCGCUUUUGGACGAGCCCGGGCCGCAAGGUGCAAGAGGAUGCCAGCAAUCUCGUGUGGCGCAAUCAAAAUGGCCGACCGCGUGUCAAGCCCGUUCUCAACAACGAUGGCGAUGGACUGCGCCUGCUCAGCGCGGAUGGUGAGGAGCUGGCCCGCAUCGCGUCGAGCGGCACCUGCGAGCAAAGUGGCGACGAGGUGACGGGAACUGAGGCAGUGGAUUCUAAGGAUCAAAAAGAAAACGAGGAUGAAGAAGAGGAGGAAGAGGAUGUCGUGGAUGACGAUGCCGCACAACAAGGAUCAGAGAGCGCCGAUGAUCUUGAUGACAAGGACGAUGACGACGAGGAAGAGGAAGCCGAUGACCGUGACGAUGCUGAAGUCGAGGAGGACAUUGAUGCACUUGUGGACGCUGCAUUUGCCUCCAAGCCCCUGUUCAAGGUUAAGGAGAGCGCGAACAAGGCUCGUUUAAGCCGUGUCGAACUCGUUGACGCCAGCGCAGGGCAGGCUGAUGCUGAAUUGAUGCGCAAGGCCGUCAUCUCGGCGCGCACAGAGCAAGCGGCCGAGGCCCCUCUUCAACUGUCGCGUCAUAAGAAGGAGGCCAUCCGCCGCAACGAACGCAAGAAAAACCCGACAGCCGGCCGCAAGUGGUUUAACAUGCCUGCUACUGAAAUCACUCCCGAGGUGGCAGCAGAUCUCAAGAUUUUGGGGAUGCGUGAUGUCCUUGAUCGUAAACGUCAUUACCGCUCCGCAGACAGUAGCCAGCCGCCCAAAUUUUUCCAGGUUGGCCGCAUUGUGGACGGCGCUGCUGACUUUUACUCGGAUCGGAGCACCAAGAAAGCAGCCAAACGCACACUCGUUGAUGAGCUGCUUGAGGAUCAGAGCACACGCAGGUACAACAAACAAAAGUUUGUGCAGCUGUCCCAGAGCAAAUUUGCCGCUAACAAGCACAAGGGCAGUGGCAGCUUCAAGGGACGUGGCAAAGGCAAAGGCAAGCCUACUACCGGUCCGGCUGCUAAGAAAGCCAAGAAGCAACUGAAGCGACCCUUUUGA